AUGACGGACGAAUAUGGCUCGUCGCCCCCCAAAGUGUACGGGAGGAUAGCGAGACCUCGAGGAUGGCUGCCCUUGAACAACGAAGAGGUCAAUCCGAUGGCUACCCAUGGAACCGGAGCUCUCGUUAGCCUUAUCAAGUCUCGCUCGAGUCAAUCUCUGCAUACCAUGCAGAGGCGACCAUCAUCGAUUAUUCGUGGUAGGGAAUCGCUGGAUGAUGAAGAGGUGGGGGACAGACGAUCGCGAGAAUACGAUGAUGGAGACGACUUCAAGAGCAUUGACGAACGACGUUUGAGCCUCAUUCUCAAUGGACCUCAGAUGCGAAGCCAAAGGCUUAUUGGGAAUAGCAAUCCUCGAUACAAGUGGGAGAGGUACUGGAAAACCGAGGAACAGUUGAAGACCAUGAAGAAGCCGAUUCGCCAGUACUACGAAAGGACCAACAGCUUGGUGCAACAAUACAUCUACAUCGAUCGACUCCUCGACUCUUCUCUCCCUCACGACCUACUGAAUGAGUAUAACAAUACACCAGGAAGUGGCCAUCAGAGUUCUGCAGCCCUGCGAGAUUUAGAAGUUCCCCCUACUAUAUCUGAAGAACCUCCCACACCAGAGGACGAUGACUUCGUCGCUGUCAAUGGCACGACAACAAAGAAAGUCAAGAGAACCCCCCGGGACCUCUACAAAGUUGCUAGUGAAAUCACACCUUUACUUGGACGAGACGAUGAGGACGAGGAUGACUUUGACGGACCACGCCCUGAGAUCCCUGGAAUGGAAGACGACAGUGUUGAAAGUGGUGACAGAAUCGUUCAGAUCGCCAUAUACGUGAAUCUAGCAGCCAAUGGGAUCCUCCUAGCUGGAAAGAUUGCCGUUAUAGUGCUCACCAGCUCUUUGUCCGUAUUGGCCUCCCUGGUGGAUGCUGCUCUCGACUUUCUCAGCACGGCAAUCGUGUGGACUACAACAAGAAUGAUUGAAUCUCAAGAUCAGUAUCAGUACCCUGUUGGUAGAAGGCGUUUGGAACCUAUCGGUGUCUUGGUGUUCUCGGUCAUCAUGGUUACUUCGUUCUUCCAAGUUGGGCUCGAAUGUGUGAGCAGACUGCACUCAGGAGAUCAUUCCAUCAUUCAGCUCACACUUCCCGCUAUUAUUAUAAUGUCGAGUACUGUCUUGAUCAAGUUCCUGUGCUGGCUCUACUGCCGCCUUAUCAAGAAUUCGAGUGUUCAAGCAUUAGCACAGGAUGCCAUGACCGAUGUUGUCUUCAACAUUUUCAGUAUAAUAUUCCCGCUUGUUGGAUUUUACGCAAAGCUAUGGUGGAUGGACGCCUUAGGUGGCCUUGCGCUAUCACUCUAUGUCAUCUUUAACUGGGCAGGAACAUCAGCUGGCCAUAUUCGCAACCUCUCUGGUGCAGCUGCAACAGCCGAUGAACGGAAUGUUCUCCUCUAUCUCACGAUGCGAUUCGCUAAAACCAUCAAGCAAAUCCAAGGCUUGCAAGCUUAUCAUGCCGGAGACAAACUCAAUGUGGAGGUGGAUAUUGUACUUGACGAAAACAUGAGCUUGCGAGACAGCCAUGACUUGGGAGAGUCACUGCAAUAUGUUCUGGAAUCAGUACCGACUGUUGAUCGAGCAUUCGUUCAUCAGGAUUAUGCAUCCUGGAAUCUUCCAACACAUAUGCAACAACAAGGAGAGUAG